GGAACGCUGAACGCCGUCCUCAAGUCCGAGACAGACACUGAGACUUUAACUGUAACACACAGCCUCUUACACACAGGAUCUGACGACAGAUCAGACCCAGAGAGACUUUGUCUGAGGAGACUGGGCUGUCCUCCUGCUCCUGGCUCAGAGUAUUUACCGGUAUUUCACCAGAGGACUGUUCAUUCCCGUGGUGAUUGUGACUCGUUAGACACUGGAGGCAAUGAUCCGUCUUGUUCUUACGCUACAGAGAUGGACCCUGGCAACAUGCCCUUGGGUUUAGAGACACAGACUGAUCUGUCUACAGGGGACUGGAACCAGUACAGUAGUAGUGUAUACUCUAAAGGGUGCCAAGAUAAAAAAGGGGAGGGUCUGGUCGUAGAUGAGGUGACUGUGAAAGUGGAGGGCGACGCUCCUCCCACAUGGAAUGCAGACGAAACUCACUUAGGAGGACACUCUCAGGGCAGCACCAGUAACUUCUUAGACUACAGGGAAAGCUUAGAGACAAAUCUAAAUGUCCCAACCCACUCCUCUUUACCCGCGUUCAGGGAUCGUGACCCAGUGUCCACGUCAACGGGGCCUUCCGAUUCACACGGCCGCAUCCUUUUCGAUCAGGUAUUGAACUCAAACGACAGGACUAGAGCUAAGGCUCAGGGAGGGGGAGCCACAUCAGGCAAUAGUAAAGAGAAACGGUUCCUCUGCAUGUUUUGUAACAAAGGCUUCAGCUGCCUCCAGAAUGUGGAGAUCCACCAGAGGGUCCACACAGGGGUGAAACCCUACAGCUGUACCCAGUGUCACAUGUGCUUCACCCAGGCUGGCACCCUGAAGAGGCAUCAGAGGGUCCACACAGGGGAGAAACCCUUCAGCUGUACCCAGUGUCACAUGUGCUUCACCCAGGCUGGUCACCUGAAGAGGCACCAGAGGGUCCACACUGGAGAGAAGCCAUUCGCCUGUACGCACUGCAGGAAGAGGUUCUCAGAGAGGAGAUGCCUCAGGAUACACCAGCAGAAAAACCAUUCCACUCUAUAACAAAGUAACCAUUCCACUCGAUAGCUUCUGAGGCUUAGAUGAAACCCUGCAUUAAAGAUAGACUCAGCGAGAUGACGUAGAUGCAAAAAGUAAACAGCGGGUCAAUUUCCAUAACAACUAAGAGCGUUGAAGUGCAAGGCCCAGACAUUGUAGGAUAUAUAAGCCUAAAAAGUCAAUUACAUAUAGUGUUUGUACUGUGUAGGCCAGUGUUUACCAACUCCAGUCCUCAAGUCUACCAAAAGUACACAUUUUCGUUGUAGUCCUGGACCAACACACCUCAUUGUCCAGUGCUACAAUAAAAAUGGGUUCUGUUGGGGGACUUGAGUUGGGAAACACCGUUGUAGGAUAUGAUGUUCAUAAAUGCCCAUUUUAUUACUUCCAUUCAACUACUAUAUUCUUUCCCCCAAGAUACUUUUAAUGAGAAAAUGCAGUUUUUCAGUUGAGA